UAUAUAUAUAUAUAUAUAUAUAUAUAUAUGUGUGUGUGUGUGUAUGUGCAUUUUUUUAUGGUUUUGGUUUGAGUUAAUAACAUACUAAAAUGUGCAGUUUUUCUAAGGAAAAAUGCCACUUGGUUUGAUAUUUUUAUUAUAUAUUAUUGCUAUUAAAAAUUACUAAAAAACAUUGACGUAUUAUAUGCAUUCAUGCAAUAGCUAUCUUGUCUAUCAAAACGAAUUACAGCAAAAAUACAGAAUUUAAUAAAUACAAUACUGUUUUACUUGAACAGUAUUGUAGCAAUGUGACAUUUUUUCUGUUGCUUAUUGGUAGUAGUCAGUAUUUCCCCCUUCAAAGAUGUUUUCCCAUUCAUUUGCAAUCUGAGUUUUGUUGCCCCCUCGUGGUCUUUAUUAUGAAUGAUUUUUAACCUGAGACAACUAAACAAACUUUUUUAUUCAACAACAAACUUUUUCAAGUCCUGAAGUCAUCUUAAACCUGAUGUAUUUCAGAUGCUCAUCAAUUAGAGACAGAGAAAUAACUUUGAGUUCCUGAUGAGUCUUAACAGUGCAUACUAUCUGAUGUCUGAAGGGAACAAGCUCCAUUACACUUGUAAAAGGUUUGAUGAUCACUUUAAUGUAGCUGUAGGCUAUACUAAAACAGAGAGAGAGGAAGUGUGUUAUCGUCUGUAAAUCUCUCUUCAUCCACUUCAGUAAGAUACUGAGCAGAUGCUGGGACUGUUUGACUCCUCCACUUUUGUUUGCAUGAGAUUUGGGACAGUCUGUGUGCAUCAGGACACAUCCUCAGAUAGUACAGGUAGGCUUCUAUUUUCAAGUUAUAUCUUAAGAUUUUACUCAACAAAUGCCGUAUGCUUAAAGGUGCUGUAUGUAAAUCUAUGCUUGGUUUCAAUAUUUUUAAAUGCAUUUUUUAUAUAUAUAUCGAGGCUUUUUAGUAAAUAGAAAUACAUUACUAUUCAAUAUAUUUAGGAAUCAAAUAUGAUUAUGAUUAUGCCAUUUUAUUUAACAAUUUAAUAUGUAAAUAACUGGUUAAUUUACCGUAGUUUAAAUAUAUAUAUUUUGUAUAUAUAAACAAAAAAGUGCACAAAGGAAAUAUUUAAUAAUAAAAGAAUUUGGAUUUACAAUUGAAGGUUUCUUCUAUGCAUUUCUCUGUAGUCUAUUAUGCUCUCCUUCUGUUAGCUGUUUAUUGUCCUGCUCUAGAAAGUCACUAACGUCAUGAGUGACUUUCACCACAGCAGCUCCGUGUGCAAACACACCAACUAGAGGAUGCAACGCUCCUGUCACACAUGAAGCAGAAACUAUCCAUGCUGCUUCUCAUGUGCAGGGCAUUAGCUCAUGAGGGAUGAGAACCGGGUUUCAUAGAAUCCCUUGAGACCCCAAACAACCUUUUUUCUGCACUAACCGUAGGACUGACUGCUGCCUGACCACUGACCGUUGCUUUACCUAUGAUAGUCUCUCUGGUGGGACCCUGAUCAGCGGAGAUGGACGAUUUCAUACCAUCACUAAUGGUUUCUGCGCUUUUCAAAUGCUCCGAUCAGCGGCUAUAUUAAGGCUUUGAAUAAGGUCAGCAAUGAAUAGCUUUGUUCUCAGCACCACAUCCCAGUUGCAAGAGAGCUGCAUUUGCCUUUGACGAAGGGCGGAAAGCAAAGGACAGUGGGCAUAGGUUUCUAUAUGUAGUAUCCAUGAUUAAAAGCUCAAAUCUGGUGCAAAUAUGGCUGAAAACCCUGAAGACCCCCUUGUAUUGUUGGAGAUCCUGGAGGUGUUAGGUGCAUGCCGUGGGAGCGUGUUGUACGCAGACAUUUGUGUCUAUCUGAGUGGACGCUUCAGCCUGCAGCCGCUUCUAGAAUUACGGAGUCUCUUGUACUCCACUGCCUGUAGAGACCCCUGCUUCCCUUCCACACUCUUCCGAGAGCGACUUCACCCGCCCUGCAGCAACCGGCUCUCAGCUGCCGCUGAUGUUGUCUCUCUGUUCAACCUCCUCAUGCACACCCGUACUGCUCCUACAUACACGCAGAACCUGCAGUCUCUGACACCCUGUCAGGUCUGUGGGAAGGGAUUUGUGCGUUACGACUGGCCAGCUGCCCUACCCGUCACAGCAGGAGGGACCGCCUCUGAGGACUGUAAAUAUGAGAACCUCCCUUGUGAAGUGUUCAGUCAUAACACAGAGGCUUCACACGCUCAGACCACCUCUGCGUUGGUCACUGAGCCUCGCUCACAUAUACACAAUCGGGACAGCAUGCAGAAUGCGCAUUCUGGGGACAUUCCCAUUGAUGAAAUCAAUCAGGAGGCUGGCAAGACACCGGUGACCAAUCAGGGAAUCCACGUUGCUCGUUCCUGCUCGCAGAAGAGGAGUGCCUUUAAAGAAGGGAUCCACAAUGUUCCACUCACAUCCAUGGAAGGCGGCGGCCAGUCAGAUCAAAGUCCAGAUGGACCAAGAUCAGAUGGAGAGGACUUGGUUUACACUUCCCAAAAGAACCCCUAUCCAGACCCUGCAACAUACGCAAAAGACCACCACAACCCGGCAUCACAUGCGCAUGAGCAUUCGUAUGUUUACAUGACUCAUUCGAAUGCACCUGAACUGGAUGCACACGUGGGCGACAUGCAAUCGUACAAUGAUUCCGCAAAUCCCUAUGACCAUCAGACUCAGUGGCGCCAGGCAAAGCAUGAGAGUUUGGAUGAACUCCAGACAUCCACCUACUUCGGCCCUUCUGUCUCCAGCCGAAAGCACCAAACCUCCGCUCCUCAAAUCAAAAGCCACAGCUUGGACAUCGACAGCAGGACAGCGGACGAAAGACCUGAGCCUGAAACGACCGGCCUGCAGAAACCCAGAUCAGAGCGGUCUGUCUUAGAGAAGUCUGGAUUACGAAAACCAGGAUCUGUUAAACUUAGCAUCGACAGAUCGAGCUUCGACAUUCCCGGUUUUGAUCCUCGCAUCGUCAAUACGGUGCAGGAUACUUUCAAACGGCUGAGCGGCAUGAGUUUGGACGCAUGGUACGAUUGGUCAAUAAGCAUCGAGGGCAUGGUAAGCGUAGGCACCCAAACAGAGCCUGCAGAUCGACGCGCUUUACGAAGCCUCAUGCUUGCCGAUAAACUCUCCAUUGAUAACCCUGACAUCGGCGAGGAUGACAUCAGCGCCAUCUUCCGUUUCCUAGAUGAUAUUAGCAUGUGUGGCUCCAUGGCAGUUCUGCCAGGGGAAGGAGGAGGGGCUCAGGAAGGGGGCGGAGCUGGGCUGCCAGAGAGGCGUGAACGUUUGGGAAAGUUACGGAGGUUGUUUCACUCCUUGGAGGCACCAGAAGAGGGCGUGAGAUGGGGUGUGGGGCGCUUGCUCCAACGGGUCACGGAACUGGAACAACAGCUAGAGCCAAUUGCAGAGCUACGUGAGCAGCUGGCCCUCGUGCUCUCCACGCUAAACCGCCUGGAGCAGCGGGAGCAGGUCGCAUGCCUGCAUCAAAUGCAGAUACAGCCACAGCUCACAGCACGGCCUAGUGUGCAGCAACAGCAGGGGUCCCCACGGACCAAUCCAGGGACAGAGGCCAUCAACGAGGCAGCGGCGAAACGCAGGCAUCUGUUUGUACGCAGGACCUCCAGGAGCCACACGGAGAGCAGCGGAUCAGAAGCCCCCAGAGAGUGGAGCAUCAGCUUCAGCAAGGAGCCACACAUACAGCCUGCAAAGUUAGAUCAUUUAGGUGGAGUGCAUAAAAGAGAGGGCUCUGUAGUGCAGGAAGUGACGGGCUUUCACCUCAUGCCACCUGAGACCCACAAUGCACCACGCCGCACAUCUGUCCAUAGCACUACUCAGCAUAUGACUGAACGUCCCAAAGUGACCUGGAGCCAGUCAGACUUAACACCGCUGGAUUUUCAGGCGCCUGAGUCUUUGGAGUUCUGGACGGAUGAGAUUUACACGCCGGCCUCCGACACGCUCCUGCGGCGUUCGCAUUCGUUCACACGUUGCAGCAGGAACCAGGCGUACCGCAUCGCUGCCCUCAGCAUCACUGCCACCCUCAUCCUCAUCCUCAUCAUCGUCAUUCCAGUCAGCACCGCUUAACACACAUGCAGCCAUAUUGAAUGGACCUAUAUGUGUUUAUUUGAUAAUAUUAUCAAGAUUUUAAAGAAUGCAUGAAUUCUUCAGGAACCCAAUUUGACAAACUUGAAGCAUGGCAGACUUUAAAACCAAUGCAAAAAAGACUACAUUUCCUGAAACCUUCAGUGGGCCUUUUUGGAGUUCCCUUACCUUUUAGUUUUGUUUGAAUUUAAGCAGUUUCCCAGUUAAAUGCUUAUUUGGCAGUUUAUGGCCUGAGGACGUUCCGGUAUGCCCUCUUUGUUGACGGAUGCUGGGGAGUUCCCAUUAGUCUAAUCUAAUUCUGCUGAAACCUGAGACGACAUCCACUUGCUCGCACAGCGGCACACAUUUCUCUCUUCCACACCUCUGCUCUCUCUCCAUUUAAAUGCUUGGAAAAUCCAUUACUAGUUGCAAAUUUGCAUGCAACUGCCCUUUAAAUCGGCUAAAUGUCCCCGUAUUUGGAGGAAAUGCUGAUGUGUGAGAGAUAUGAAUCUCGUCUCUGUUUUAGUUUGAUGCAUAUUCUUUAUUACUGACCUGAACUUGCUGUGAACUCCAUCACAGUGCUACAAGACGUAAUAUCCUCCCUCACAAAAGCUUGAAAGAAAAGGAAAAUGAGCCUCCAGAGAUCCAGAAUGGAUGCAUGAUGGUGGAUCAAUACCGGCACGCAUUUUCCAUUUGCUGACAAACAACAGCAUGCAACUUUUAAUGGGCUGUGAUGGGACUGAGUGAGUGCGGGAGGGGAGAGAUCGAGAGAAAAGGAGUGUUUGUCCACUUUUAUUGAGCCUGAUGUUUUCGUAGUCCCACUUCUGUCUGAUGUGGAUGAUUAAUGAGUGAUUUUCCAGUUGGAACCGAUGCUUUUUUACAUGCAGUUUGAUCUAUGAUCCAUGAAAUUGUAAUUCAUCUUGUGCUACAGACUUCAGAAUGAAUGAUACCUCAAUCAAUUACUUUUCUAAAUGAUCAGAUUUGCAAUCACAGGCUAGUAGGCGAUCACCUUGCAACCUCCCAGAACAUCUUAGCAACCAUGCACAGCUUAAGUACUGACAGGCGCUCAAACUUAGCAAGCAAAUAGAAAGCCUGGGCAAUGCUUUAAGCAGCACCAAGUUAUCUGAAUACUGCAAUGUGAAGACAAUUGAAUGAGAUGUCCUAAUUUAAGGAGGCAACGUUGGAAAAGUUUAGACUUUUGACAUUAUUUUGUUUGAUAUUUUUUUCUGUUAAUCUUGUAGAAAUAGCCUAUGCAUUUCUCCUCAGAAUCAUACCUGUUUUUCCAUUAUGACUGUAUGAACACAUGCAUUUCUGGAUUGGGAUUCCUCCUUUUUCAGGGCACCUUCGACUGUGAAAAUAUUCCUUUGUUUCUUCAUAAAUCUGGUUUUAGUUAUUCAGUGGGA